AUGGCAACGUCCCUCAGCAAGACGCAAAAACUCUCCAUCAUCAUAGGCAUCUCCUUCUCUUUCUUCAUCGCCGAGAUCGCGGUCGGCUUCUACACACACUCUCUCGCGCUCAUCGCUGAUGCUUUCCACUACGCUUCCGAGCGCGACCAAGCACCCCCUGAGCUGUCCUUCGGCUGGCAGCGAGCGACGCUACUCGGUGGCUUCUUCAACGGCGUUUUCUUGCUUGCACUUGGCGUGAGCAUCUUCCUCCAGGCCAUCGAGCGCUUUGUGGCCAUUGAAGAGCACGACCAUGAUGUCGAACACGCGGCCAACAUCGACCCUCGCAUCGGCUCCAUCGAUGGCGGAUCUGCUCCAAUGGAGAUGGAGCGCCCGCACAAAGACGAUCGCCAUGCCGCACCCGACCGCCAGGGUCAAGGCAAGCCCGAACGCGAUUUGGGUCUCAUGGGCAUCUUGAUCCACGUGGCUGGUGACGCAGCGAACAACUUGGGUGUCAUCCUGGUAGGGGCCGUCAUAUGGAAGACACAUUCUCCUGGUCGCUACUACGUUGAUCCAGCGAUCAGCAUCACCAUUUCGAUCAUGAUCUUCGCAUCCGCUGUCCCUCUCGUCAAGAAGAGCGGCCUCAUACUACUCCAGAGCGUGCCGAAGGGCGUCAACCCUGUGGAUGUCAUGCAUGAUAUGGAACAGACUCCAGGUGUGCAAGCUGUCCACGAGUUGCAUAUCUGGCGGCUCAACCAGCAGAAGUCCGUGGCGUCUGCACACAUCGUGGUCGACAACCUGCCGGAGUUCAUGACGGUCGCCAACGCCAUCAAUGAGUGCCUGCACUCAUAUGGGAUACACUCGGUGACCCUGCAGCCAGAGGUCGACCCAUCGUUGCGCGUGAGCCGCUCAAAGGAGCCAGAAUUUAGUGAGGGAGUUAGGCUCACUGCGAGCGCCAACGCAUGCUUGUGCGAAGCGAAGGGUUUUGCGGUGCCUGUGCAGAAGUAA